UUGCGCGGAGGGAGGCGGAGCGAGCCGCCUGGUGCCGAGUGCGCUGCGAGCGAGUGCCGCUGUAUUUAAUUAUUUAUUCGCCGCGCGAGCCGCGGGCCGGAGGUCGGUCGUGGUCGAGUGUGUGCGGGGCCGGCGCGUCUCCCCGACCCGGUGUUGUUCUAUCCAGUCUGUACCCGGUGUUGUAAGUGCUAUUAUGAGUGACAGGGACAGGUCGUCGCCCUCCCUCACGGACACCCCGCUGAAGACUUACAUAGGCCGACACGACGACGACUACCCCCUCAUAAACGGAAACGAUUUCCUGAGUCACGGGGCGAGUUUCAACAAAAAAUACGGCAAGUCGGUCAACAGUAAGGAAACCUUAGAAGACAAGAAGGAUGACAACGAGCUGUGGGAGGCGCAGGCCGCCUUCCUCGGACCCAACCUCUGGGAUAAGACGCUCCCGUAUGACCCCGAUCUCAAGGUACAAGAAUAUGUGGACCUGGACGAGUUCCUGUCAGAGAAUGGGAUGCCGGGAGAGGCGCUGGGAGGUGCGCACCUCGGGGGCUCCGCGUUCGGCGGCGGCGCGGGGCUGGCGCUCGGCCUGCAGGCGCCCGUCACCAAACGCGAACGAUCGCCCUCGCCCUCCGACUGUAUGAGCCCCGAUACCAUCAAUCCGCCGCUGUCCCCCGCUGAUUCCACAUUUUCAAUGGCUUCAUCGGGGCGGGACUUUGAUCCGCGGACGCGAGCCUUCUCCGACGAGGAGCUGAAGCCGCAGCCGAUGAUCAAGAAGUCCCGGAAACAGGUAAAUGAAUUCGUGCCCGAUGACCUGAAAGACGACAAGUACUGGGCGCGCCGGCGGAAGAACAACAUGGCUGCCAAGCGGUCCCGCGACGCGCGACGCAUGAAGGAAAACCAGAUCGCACUACGAGCUGGCUACCUCGAAAAAGAGAACAUGGGCUUGCGGCAAGAGGUGGAGCUACUAAAGAAAGAGAAUCACAUCCUGCGCGAAAAGUUGUCGAAGUACGCGGACGUAUAGGCAGUACUUCUACCACUCGCAUAGCACAAACACGCCACACGAAAUGUCGCGGGUGCAGCUACGGCGCGCCCCCCACGUGCCGCGCCCCCCGCGUUCCGCGCCUCGCGCACCGCGCCGCCGGUUCCGGAGACACUUCUAAUCAACUUACGACGCUUUCAAUAUUCUGUUCGCACAUCUUCUGCAGACUUCACAACUGUCCUAUAAUUGAACGUGACCAUACCCUACCACACCAGUUGUGUUCCGUUCCUAAGAGGUGGUCCGCAGGCGCAAUACCAUCCAUACGUCACGCCAUCACCUUGCUGCGCAGGAGUCUCGUUCUACGCUCCCUACGUUCUGUUCGUUUCCACUCCCUUCCUACACCUGUUACUAAUGCAGUUUUUUGUUUGUUAAAGCCGAUUAGCUAAUUAUCGACAUUCGUAUACCACCAAAAUUAGAAAGAUGAAUUGUCUGAAUGAAGUAUAUUUAUAUUUUAAUGAAAUAAAUGUGUUACCGAGUGACGUAUGUGUGAGAUGACUUAGCUAAUCGAUUUCUUUAAUGUUUAAAUUAUUCUGUAACUUGUUGACAUAGGAUUAAUUAAUGUUGCAGUUACCGUAAGUUAUCUACUUAGUUAUAAUAGGACAAUCUUAACCAAAGUUCCACUCGACCUCUGAUCUAUCGUCGUCUCUAAUUCCUUCCUUCGGACUUAGUUCGACACUCAACAGGGUUAGUCAACGACGUACGGACCAAAAUUUUAUGAAAAUUGUUAUUUUUGAAGGGUGUUCGUUGUGUCCCCGUCCCGAGCGCGCUGCGUCAGUCGCGCCGCGGCGCUGUCCGACCCCAGUGCGGAUUAUUGUAUAAGUUAAUGUUGUUGAAUAAUUGUAUUGAACCGGCACCGGUCGCGUGCGGUCGCGCGGAUCGCCGCUAGCCGCGGGCCGCGCGCCCGCCUCGGCCGCACGCAAGUUUGCUCAAGUGGCUCGCGUACGCAUGCGCAAGUGUAGUGGCUGCGUCUGUAUAUAGAUAGUUUUAAUAGGGCCUCGAGCUGGCCCAGGGGCGCGCCCCGGACACUCGAACUUGCAAUCUGUAUUAUAAAGUGACCUCCGCCACCGUGUCCCCGUCCGUCCCUGUUCCGGAACGACCACGCGCGCACCGAGCGUGUCCGGGGCUCGACCUUGCCCGCAGGUUCUCACUAGCUCGCUUCCUAGGACGCUCCGUAUGAGAUUAGAUCCCGACGGGGGCGAUCGGGGCUCCCCGCGCCUCUCCGUACACUCUACGUACGUACCCUCCGUCGUUUCCGUAGUGAGCGAACUCUAGUUUCGUUUCAAAUUUACUUAGUGGAUAGUUUAAGUAGUAAGUAGAUUCCGUAGUGUAGUCGUUAUUAGUCUAUUUUUGUUAUGGCUGUAGUUGUUAACGUUUUUGAAAGUUUAUAUUAUUUUUUUUAGUUGUAAAGAAACUUACGUUAAUGUGUCGAUAUGGGUAGGACGCGCGUAUAUGUUGGAUCACACCGCCGCCGCCGCGCCCGCGCACCCCGCGUCGCGCCCGGCCUCGAGCCGCGGCCGCCCCGCCGGCGCGGCCGCGUCCUCAUGCACUGACUACGUCCUCUGGAUGUAUCCUCCACACUAUUUGACUCGUGCUAAUGUUAUAAUAUAUUUUUGUAGGUUUUUGUCGUUGGUAAAUGAGUCAAUUGAGAAUGUUUAAAUGAAUUGAAGAAAAAUUAAUGUUUAUAAACUAAGACUAAGAAGUUGUUGCAUUUGAAAGUAUUUUAUGGAUACAAAGCGAGAACAAUAAAAUGUUUUUUCUAUAAAGGUUUACAUGUGAGGGAUUCUAUAAAGGUGUGACGGUUGAACUUUUAAAAUGCACUGUUUCAUAUCAAAUGAUAUUAUAUGUAUUAAAACUUAAUGUUAAUCGGCUGCGCAGUGCGGCAUUUGAUAUUCCAUCUUGUUUGUUAAAAAAUAUACAUUAAAUUAUUACACAAUAUUAUAAUGUAUAUGGUACCUUUACAUACAUGAUAUUAUAAUUGUUUCUCCGAAAAUUGUAACAUGGGUAUAAUAAUGUAAUAUAAGGUAUCGUAAUAAAAGGAGUCGUAUGUAAGAGCAUUGUGGUAAAGUAUAAGACAAGUGUAUGCGAAGUGGAUUGGGCGGGGCCGUCGGCGCCUGCGCACGCCAGAGUCCCGCGGCCGCCGGCGCCGCUCCCACCGCCCUCCCCCCGCCCCGUCCCGAUCUAACCCCCUCCCGCCCCGCUCGCCCCCAAUCGCUCCAGGUGCAUCCUCUGCUUCCUUAUUUAUUUGUCAAUCGUAACGCCUAUUUAACAGACUACUUUACUUCUAAAGUAAACAUCUCUGCUGCCUUGCAACAACAUAAAACCAUAUUGAUUUACAUGUAUGAGUAGUAUUUUGUUUGAUUUUAAUUUAUAUGGUUCUAUGGAUUGAAAUAAACGUUAAUUGUUGUAUUUA